AUGUCCUUUUUUGCUGCCGUUUGAGGGAAACAUCUGCAGAUGCAAAGCUUUGUUCUUCUUUUUUUCCUUUUAACUUUCAUUUCUCUGCCGAUUAUCAACCCCACACCAACUUCCUGACACGCAAGCACCACAUGCACACGAACUUGCAGCGUUGCUUGACUGUGAACACUCCCACACACGUUCUUAUAUUGGUAACCUGCAGUGAAAGAGAAGCCUUCAGUUUAAGCAGCGCCGCUGUGCACAGGCCCCGGCAGAGAUGGAGUUCGCUUGUAGUCACGUUGUAUGCGAUUGGACGUCUCACGGAGCCGGUGAAGCUCUGACUGAAUAUGAAUAUGACAACAGACUGACAAUACCACAAGAUGGUCCACGUCCUCCACCGUUGCCCCCUCGUCGUCUGAAGAAACCUCGGCCUACUUCCCUCCCUCUCCCUCCGUUCUGCUCCGUCCAGCCUCAUCUAGAACCACUGUCCCUUCCUCCUCCUGUCCCACCCAGAGCAAACAAGGUGAACAGGGGCCACUGGUUGGAAGCCAAUGUCAACAUCGUCUCCCUCAGUAUAGGAAAACUAGUCAACACGAAACAAGUCAAAGGCAUGGAGAGCUUUCAGACCCCGGUGAUUUGUGGGAAAUGUAGUGCUUCUUUGUCCUGUCUGAGUUCAGUACAGAAUGGCGUGUGGCAGUGUGAGUUCUGCGGGUGCGACAACAGUGUGGAUGACAGUCUGAGUCGAGUGUGCGUUGGCCAGCGAGCAGGCGUGCGCAGCGACGACGUGUACCUGCCGACCAAGAGCGAGGACGACUACCAGAACCUGGAGGACACUCUGGUUGUGUUCUGUGUGGACAUUUCUGGCAGCAUGAGUGUCACGACCGAGGUUAUGUCAAGUAAUGGAUCUUCAACACACAUAUCCAGACUAGAGGGUAUCCAGGACGCCCUGGAGAAAACACUAUCAUCCACGCUGCACCAAUCACGGCACAGGAGAGUGGCCCUAGUGACCUUCAAUGACGAGGUUGUAAUAUAUGGGGAUGGCACCUGUACUCCCCUCACUCUCAGGGACUGGGCUCUGGUUGACUAUGACCAUAUAUGGCAGCAGAGUGUAUCUUACAGCGUCCCACACUGCAUUGCUGAGACAUACCAAAACUUAAUACAGAGGGUCAAAGAUCUUAGGGACCAUGGAGCUACGUGUCUUGGUCCUGCAGCAUUAGCCUCCGUUGCCAUUGCAUCAAGGUACCCAGGCUCAAAGGUCAUUUUAUGUACUGAUGGCAGAGCCAACAUUGGACUGGGUCAGAUGGAGGACAUGCCUUCCCUGCCACUGUCCCCCCUCACUUCAAACUUCUACAGACAGUUGGCUCUACAAGCUGUGGCGAGUGGUGUCAUUAUAUCAGUAAUGACCUUUGAAGGAACAGACUGUUGCCUGGCUGAUGUUGGCAGACUGGCAGACAUGACUGGAGGAAAAGUGAAUAUUGUAAACAUUGGAAAUGUAGCGACAGAGAUCGAGAUGGCCUCUAUGGACAACGUCAUGGCAACCGGGGUCACAGCAACACUACUUGCUUCUGAGGGAGUGUAUUUUCCUUAUGAGGAUGAAAACAAUCACAAGCUGAUCAGAGAAAUAGGAAAUGUGACAAAGGGUGUGGAGAUCACCUUCCAGUUUUCUAUCAAACCAGAGUUUACACAGGCAUUUCUCCAGAAGCAGACAGUUCCAUUUCAACUUCAGCUGUGCUUCAAGACCCGAGACCAACAACAAGUAACUCGAAUCAUUACUGAACGUCGGCCAGUAAUUAGCCGCAGUCGGGUUUGGGUUGGUAGCCUCAACAUGGCGGUUAUAGGUGUUCACUGUGCUCAGCUCUGUGCCGGUUUAACCAUGGAGGGUCGAGUGCAAGAAGCACAGAGCCAGCUAAAAGCACAGCAAGACCUGCUGAAAAAAAUCAGUGAGCACAGGCCCAUCCAAAAAGAUGAAAGUGUCUAUUGCAACUGGAUGGACACCAUGACAACUAUUUGUGAUGACAUCACCUCAGAAUCUGCGACUUUCUCUGAUGAAGUGGCUAAGGUUGUGUACCAGAUGAAAAGAGCCAGCAGUGUCGGCAAAAACAAAAACAAAACGAUGGCAAGGCAGAAGAAAACUGAACGGAAGAAUAGAGCGAUUUUAGAAGAAAAGUAAAGAAGCCAUCUUCUACAUUUGACUUGAUUCAUACAUAAGAAUUUAUUGGUAGCUCUAUGAAUAGAGUUAAUAAUAAAUAGCUGCCCUCCUGUUAGAUUCACUAAGCCUCUACUCUGGGUUGGAAUCAUGUCCUAAUGGGACUUCAACAGUUGCAGAACUUCUCAGAGGAAAACAAAGCACGUCUAAAUUAAACUUUACCUUUCCACACACUUCCCUUUCUACAUUAUAUAUAUUCAGAUUUCUGUUUUAUGGGAAAAUAGGAAAGUAAAGACUUUGAAACUUUUGUUUCAUGUUGAAAAAAUUAAAUUUUUUUACUUCUUGUGUCAUCACCUGGAAAGGACACACUUGGACAAACAGCCACUCACACACAUCUAUGGUGAAUGUCUCCAAUUAACCUGAUGACAUUUUCUUUGGACUGUGGAAGGGAACCAGAGCACUUGGAGAGAACCCACACAGACAUGGAGAGAACACGCUACUCACACCUGUGAAGAAAAUGUCUGUUACAUUAACGCAGCAGAGCUGGAUAGUAGAAAAGCACAAGUCACAGAGAUGAUCAGAUACCUGCAGGAUUGUCUCAUCUCUUCUGCCUGUGGCUUUGACCUUCCUGUGUCGAGAUGCAUUUAUUAUGCACGCUGUUACUGUGUUUCUUUUAUUUUGAAAGUAGGUCAGACUAUGUAGAGCGGAAAGCCAGAAACUCCACUUGUGUUUAGGCAAGUCCCCAUCCAAAUUAUUCAUCCAAGGUAUUUCUUACAGUAUGGGAGAAAACCCCUCAGAGUGACGUUAUGCUGGUGCAGGGGGUCCGGGGUUCUUCAUGCUGCAGGACAAUGCAUGUCAUGAGGUGGGCAGCGUGUGAGCAGUUCCUCUGUGGCGAAAGCGUGGAUGCUGAUGACUGAGCUGUUCCUAACCUAAAUCCCAAAGUGGGUCUAUGUAUCUGUGCAUCUGAUGCCAACAGGUACCACAACAGAGAGUUCAGGAGCUCGCUGAUGACCUAAUGCAGGGACGGAGCAGGUCCAGAUGUCUGGUGUGCAUGCAGCCGCAUACUGUACUAAAGGGUUUCUGGGCUCUGCUCAGUAGAGGCUCUUCAGCAGAGAUAUCUGACACCUGUUGGACAUGGAAAGCAUUGCAUUUUUCAGCUAUUUCUACUGGAUUGACUCUACACCUGCUGCUACUCCUCACUCGUCACUAUUCACAUGUAUUAUUAGACCAUCGGUCAGGUGUCAUUGCUUCUAGCAGUGCUACAAGGCUUUCUGUCGUAAAGAUACUCAUGUCCAUUUCUCCAACUUCUAACAUAUGGAUCUACAUGACUGACUUUUCACUUGCGGCCUGAUAUACAGUAUCUCAAUCUGUGACACACCAGGACACUGGGCCAUUUGUCACCACCACUUGAAAUAUAAAAAAUAAAUAUUAAACUAAUAA